AUGACGACCCCAUUCCCCAAUCUCUACACACAUCGCAAGGUCGCCGACACGGCAGCCAAGGCCUGCGACAUCUGCUACAAGUCCAGCACGUCGGUGCUGAUCACGCCAGACCAAAAGGACUUUUUCUUUGUGUGCCCCGUCCAUCUCAAGGACCGCUACUUUUGCACGCCCAAGGUUGAUGAGGAGGCCGAGAAAGCCAAGCGUGAGAAGGAGUUAGAGGAGGAAAAGGAGAGGGUCAAGAAGGAGUACGAGGAGAAGCAGCGCAAGAAGAAGGAGAAGGAGGAGAAGGACAAGAAGGACAAGGAUAAGAAGAAGGGCAAAGAUGAUGAUAAAGACAAGGACAAGGACAAGGAUGAGAAGGAAAAAGAUGACGAGACCAAGGACAAAGAAGAGGACAAGCCGACGCCUGAACCAGAAGAACCCCGUGUGUUUGAGCUAAAGAGCUCGUUUUACCAGCAAAGGUUGAUGAAGAAGCGACAAGCCGAGGCGGCAAAACUCCAACGGGAACGAAUGUCAAAGCCCGGUUACUUCCCAUCCGUUCCCACGGAUGCCCCCAGUAGGGGAUGA